AUGUCAUCACUUGUCUUCGAAUCUGGAUUGAGGUACCGCAUUGGUGUACAUAAAAACAGUGGUCAUCCCCAGGCAGUUAAUUCCAUAGAUGAUGAGGCACCUACUUCUCUAAUGCCUGGAUUCUGCACAAAGGCUGCCUUUUCUUAUGAAAAAGGCCAAUAUCUUUGGAGGCAAAAUGAGACACGAAAAGACAUCAUGAUACAGAAAGAAAAAGGUGGAAGCUGCACUGCCUGGUUUCAGGAUGGAUACAACCCAGUGGCAGUUGAUAUAAGGGGAGACGAGGGCAAUUCUAGGAGCAAUAAGAAGAGAAGUCCAUUCCGUGCUGAUUUUUUUGGCUCUCUCUGCUAUACUUUGCAGCACGGAAAAUUUAGAGAGCUCUACGGUGAUCUGACCAGGAUUGAUGCUCGCCUGGAUAUUUGUUCAGCUUCAGCUUUGGCUAAAAGGGUGAUUAAUGGUUUGAAGAGUUCCUCUGCUAAUAGUUCAAAAGAUCCGAUGUCCUCCCCUAGGGGUCAAUCUAAUCUUUCAGCAGCAGUUAUGAAAAAUGUGUUACAAAACCUGCAUAGUCAUUUGCUAAUUGGUACUUGUGGAAACGUGUCUACCCUCUCUGAUUUCGAUAAUCUGCAGUCAUUUUUCUGCUGA